AUGGCGACAUCAGCACCUCUCCGCAUACCAUGGCGGGCAAUUGCGAACUCAGCAAGCAAACAAUCAACCGGCGUCCUUAGAACGCCAUGCAUAGCAACUCUCCUCCCAUCCUCUAGACGCCACGCAUCAUCCGACAUUUUCACCAACACCAGUUCAUCACAAGCAGAAAGACAGAAAUUCGUAGACGGCAGCAUCGGCGCCGAAGCAUCAAAGCUCGAACCACCCCCCGAAGAAGACCUCACCGAACCAGAAAUCCGCCUCCCCCGCGCCGUCCAAGCCGCCUACCUCCGCCCCCUCCGCCGAACACCCACGUACGGCGUCCCAACCUGCGAUCUCCAACUACGCUCCUACAGCGUCCGCAACCUCGAGUUCUUCGCCGACUUCGCCCUCCGUGCAGCCUACUACCUCGGACUUCCCGCCCACGGCCCCGUCCCUCUCCCUCGCAUUGUAGAGCGCUGGACUGUGCCGAGAGGCAGUUUCAUUCAUAAGAAGAGCCAGGAGAAUUUUGAGAGGAGGACGUUGAGGAGAUUGAUUCAGAUUCGGGAUGGGGAGGCGGAGGCGCAGGAGUUGUGGUUGGCGUUUUUGAGGAAACAUGCUUAUUAUGGGGUGGGUAUGAAGGCGAAUGUGUGGGAGUUUUCGAGUAUUGACGUCGGCAAGGAUAUGGACGCUCAAAUGGAGAAGAUGAGAGGGGAGCUCGAGUCUACGCUUGGAGACUUUGCGUUCAGGAAGAAUGGAGAGACAGGCAAGAAGGCUAUAGAGGUUAUUAACCGGGAGAACUUCAGAGCUGCGACGGGUGGAAAUGCACCUAUGCUUAAGAGGAUUCCUUGA